UUUAAGACCACCGCCACCUCACCACCUCCUGCCCCGCUUUUCAGACCAUAUAACACAAACCACUCAUGUUAACAGUCAGUUCCGCAAAUGUUGAGUGAACAGGCAAGAUAAAGGGUAAACCAUCAGCUCCCUUACACCACCAAACUUACAGCAGCAUGUCUUUGCUGAGCAUCUUUGCCAUCCUCCUGCUGUCCCUCCCUCAGUUAACACAUCAAUCGUGCAUGAAGGGAACACCUAAACAGUGCCUGGAGGCAGAAUUUGCUCCAGGUAUAAAUUUGGCUGGUGAAGGCUUCGACAUCACCACCAUGGCACGCAAAGGGGCCUUUGUGAUCGACAUGAAUCUGUGGAAACACAAAGACAAGACCUGCACCCUGUGUCAGAACAACUUUAUGGAGGACAAACUGCAAAAGCUGCCCUUGUCAGUGGUUGACUGGAGAGCAAUGCAGUCCUGCAACAGCAAAGUGGUCAGUAAACUUCACAAAUCCAGCGAGUCUCUGGUCAGUAGUAGCACUUCGUCUGUUGAAAACAACUGGCAGACCAAUUUGGAUGUUGAUGUGGGUCAAAAAGGUGCUACAGUGAUGCUUGCUGGUACCAACUCAAAACUGGCCGAAUACUCCAUGGAAAAAACAAAGAAUGACAAGUUCAGCUUCUCUAGCCAGAGUAUGGCCUGUGAGUACUACAGCUACAGAGUGUCCGGUACUCCUAAGCUGCACAGAGAGUUUCGCAAAGCAGUGAAGGCUCUACCAAAAGUCUACAGUCCUCAAUACAAGCAACGAUUCUACAAACUGAUAGACAACUUUGGCACCCAUUAUAUCACUAAGGUGAAACUGGGAGGGAGUGUUCAAACUGUGACAAGCAUAAGCCAGUGCAAGGCCAGCCUCCAGGGCCUCAGUGUGGAGGAGGUGCAGAUGUGCCUGGAAGCUGAGGCAGCUGUUAGCAUCAAAGCAACCAUCAGUACUCAAUCAAAACAUUGCCAGGGUGAUAUUAGCAAGAUGGAAAAUCAGAAAUCAUUUUCCAGCCUCUACAAUGACAGGUUCACAGACAUAAAAGGUGGCCACACAACAGAGCCAGAUCUUCUCUUUUCUGCUGACAAAGAUCCAUCUGCCUACAAAGAAUGGCUGACUACAAUUCCACAGAAUCCAGACAUAAUUUCAUACUCCCUCGAUUCACUCCAUGAGUUACUGCCCACUGACACCCCUGCCCGGAAGAACCUGCGCUCUGCCAUAAGCCAUUACAUCCUUGAGAAAGGCUUGUUGAAGAAUUGCAGUGGUCGCUGUCAGGUGGGCAUCAAGAGUGACCCGAGGGACUCCUGUGUCUGCCAAUGUCACAAUGAUCCAGCUGUAAACCAAGACUGCUGCCCAACCCGGAAAGGAAUGGCGCGAGUGAUCAUAACCGUCCAACGGGCCUCCGGCCUUUGGGGCGACCACACCACGGCGACAGAUGGCUAUGUUAAGGUUUCUUUAAAUGGGCAAAUGGUUCAGCGUUCUCCUAUCAUUCAGAACAACAACAACCCACACUGGGGAAUGGUUGUCGACCUUGGCACCCAGGAUUUGUCAGGGGGCAGUAAAGUGAGAUUUGAAGUGUGGGAUGAGGACAGUAAAUGGGACGAUGAUCUGUUGGGCAAUUGUGAGCGUGCUCUGUCCGCCGGAGUCAAGGAAGAUCUCUGCGUCUUGCAGCAUGGUCGGCUCUUCUUCAAAUGGGAGGUCAAAUGUGCUCCGAGUUUGAGUGGUGAUUUGUGCACGGACUACAAACCUACCCCUAUGGAUCCAAGUCUGCAGAAGUUGUAUGUGUCUCGCCAUGCUCAUCCUAUUCCAAAGGCCAUGCUGUUAGAGAUGGGUGUGUUCAUGGACCAAAUUAGCUCUCAGACAAACCAGAGUCUGGGUGCAAAGGUUGAUGUGAUAUAAAGCCUCUAUGAUGCUGACCCAGUCUUGGCAUGUGUAUGUGUAAAAAUAAUUAUCUGUCCAUCAUUAUUACUGAUUAUUACUACUGAGCAAUGAAAAUGCUGGACUUCAUCGAUUCUGUUUUGAAAAUGAGUGUUGGGAAAAAAUGACAGCUGUCAACACAGGUCCUCAGUACCUAUAUACCAUUAGCACCUUUAACAGUUUCUAUACACUGUAAUUCUUUGUUUGGGCAAACAUUUAAAUGACCUAAAUGAGCUCUAAUAUUUAAAACAUGUAUAUUUGAUGUUUGAAUGUAAAGCAGUGGCAGAGCAUCUUGUAUCUACGCAUUACUCAAAGCAUACUCAAUUUAUACUGUGUAGGUUUUCAGCUGUAAUGUUCAUGUUAUGAACUUUUUAUUCCACAUUUUAAAGUUCAUUUUUGUGCACGCACAGAAAGAUUUUAUGUUUCUGAUUUUUUAUGUUGUGCAGUCACCUAAUUACAUUUUAUUAUAAAACAUUUGUGUACCCAUCUCGUCGUAUUCAUUUUCUCUGACAAUGUUGCUAUCCUGUUGCAUUUUAGUAAUUGUCUAUGUAAAUAAAAA